GUGAAGCGCGCAUGCGCACUGUGGAGGAAAGAAACGGGGAGGUCGACUAAAGGAUUUGUGAGGUUUCCCUUCCAAUUUAAGGUCGAAAAUGCCGAGAGAUCACGAUAAAGAUGUGUACCCGGAGCCUCCCACUCGGACCCCGGUGGUGGAAAGCAAAUCGGUUCUACCGAAUCCAGCAGUAAUACUGUCAAACAUCUUCUACUACUCGGUGGACGUGCCAGUGACUGCAUUCAGAGAUUUUGUGGACGGCAUCCAGAGCGGUAGGAAGUCUCCCUACUAUCAUCAGAAGUUUCGCCGUGUUCCCGAGCUGACCCAGUGCAAGGAAGGGGAUUUCUUGUGCUAUUACGAGGCCGAGAUGCAGUGGAGAAGAGACUUUAAGGUGGACCAGGAGAUAGUGAGGGUGAUCCAGGAUCGUCUUCGGGCCUGCAAUCAGCGGGAGGGUGCCAGUUAUAAACAGAACUGCCGUGAUGAAAUUAGCCAGUUUCAUUCUGUAUCCAAGUCCUUCCAGUCACGCUAUGGGGAUCUUGGUGCGUACGGCAGCGCUCGGAAGUGUCUGAUGAAGCAGAAGGAGAGGAUGAUGGCAGAGGAACAGCAGGCAUAAACCUACAAACAUCUCCUUCGGCUUUUCUGUGUCCAGCUCUCUCAUCGGUGUAUCAAAGUGUAAAAUAAAGUCUAUUGGAAAGA